CAACGGCGUGCAAGUCCUGUCCCCCUCAACGCUGGAGCCAUACCACUGUUCUUAAUCUCUAGAGUAACACAGCGAGCAUGACAUCUCUGAGGCGGAUCCAGAAGGAACUGGCAGACAUCAGGAAUAGGCCAAUUGAGGACCUGAAGGUUGAACCAGAAGAGGAGAACCUAUACAUCUGGAAGUGUAGCGUCAAGGCGUCGAAAGACAGCCCAUACAGCGGUGGUACAUUCCACUUCACGCUGACCCUGCCAGAGAACUUCCCGUUCAAAGCCCCAUCGGUUGCCUUCACCACGAAGAUCUACCAUCCAGGUAUCAAUGAAGAAGGACACAUCUGUGUGCCAGUGCUUCGCGAUCAGUGGAAGCCUGCCGUCACGCUUUACGCAGUUUUGGCCAUUAUCCAAGAGAAGGUGAACAACCCUAGCCCGGAUGAUCCCUUUGAGCCCGAGAUUGCUGCCCUUGUGAAAACGGACUAUGCUAAAUUCCAGACUACUGCGCGGGAGUGGACAAGGAAAUAUGCAGCGUCGGGAUAAUGUUGUGCAAUAUCACUGCCGAGCACGGCUGUCCUGUACUAUAGUUCUCAACGAAUC